AUGCAAGUCAAAACAUCAACAGUCGCGAGGGUGCUAAUCGCAUUGUACCUAACGACAGAAACAUUAUGUCAUUACAUACCUGAUGAUAAUAAAAUAAAAGAAACGAAUAAAAAAAAUGAAACGAACUCGCAAAGGGAUAAAAUUCAAAUAUGUGGAAACGCAUUGACGACCAUGAUAGUUGAAGCAUGCGAUGGUAUCGUGGGAUCUCCUGAUUUAGGUCAUGUAAGUAGAGGAAGUGUACAAGCAAGAAUAACAGAAGACUGUUGCGAUCGAGAAUGUCCUUUAGAUUAUCUACAAAAUUUUUGUGGACACACUCCAUUGUUCACGAGCAAAAAGACGGUCCGUGGAAGACUUUUAAAUAAAUUAAAUACUAGAAAUCGUAUAGCUAAAGGUGAAAAUGGUAACGAUGGAGGAAAAAAUGAUAAGAAAAAUACACAAAUUGAGGUUAGAAAUAAUCAAAUUGAUUAUAGAAAAUUAAUGGAUGUUGGGAAUAACAUAUUGGAAUCUUCUUACGAAAGAUAUAAAAAAAAAGCUCAUAUUUUUGGGUAUACAUUGAUAAAAAAAAAUUUAAAUCCUUGGAAACAAAAUAAAAUCAAUAAAACGUGGCCAUCUCUACAAAUAGGAACGAUAUCACCAGAAAUAGAUAAAUUUGGAGGGCAACCAAUUGUCAUGAUUAAAAAAAAUAAACAUUCUUCUUGA